CUCAGCUGUUCGGCGGCUAACUAGCCGGCCUAGUUACUGAAUUCUGUUCUCUACAGUUUUUAGGUGUUUCAUUUGUACAUGUUACUUUUUACAGUUACUAAUGCAUUCGGAUACAAAGCAAAUUUUAUAAAAUAUUCAACGAUGCGCGGCAAUUAGCUGUAUUAUUUUAAACCCCUUUGUCUCAUCUCUGCUAGCUCCUAGCAGGUUAGCAUUUAAACUGAGGACGAGGGGGAGCCAGUUCGACCAAAAGGCCAGAAACAUUUAUGGCAGAACUAGACCACAAGACCAACCGGUGGAGAUUCUGACCUCCACCAAUGACGACCAACAUCAUUUCCUCAUCUGUCAUCAUGUCACCGAGAAAAAGACCCCUGGUGCCUGUAAGCAGCCGUCGGAAAGCAACGGAUGACUACUUCCCUUUCAACUUCCUGCCGGUGGAGUGCCAGCUGCAUGUCUUGUCCUUUCUGAAUGAGGUGGAUAAAUGUAGCUGUGCCUUGGUUUGCCUGAGCUGGAGCUGUCUCGUCCGCUCGUGGAAGCUGUGGCGGGUGGCUGACUAUUCCCGUCGCGGUGUCUUCCAUCUGGGUCAGGAGGGGCUGCUCGUUUCCAACCGCGAGUUCGAGAGGUGGAAAUCCUGGGUCCACCAUUACACCCACCACCUCAUCUCCCGCCGGGCGAGCCUGCUCACACUGAAGGCCAGCUUUGACCUGGGGGAUCGUUGCAACAAGUGGUGCGAGCUGCUGAGCCACCUGCUGGAUAAUGUUCACUGCAGAGACCUCAGCCACCUGGACCUCAACUGGACCUUUACUCUUCUUGAGCCGCUGGACCUCAGGGUCCACUCCAGCUCCAGCUCACACCAGGACAGCAUUACCAAAAUGGACCAGGUGACGAGUUUCCAGGAGCUGCUGACCAAACUCACCCACAGCUGCCCGCGCAUCUCUAAGAUGCGGCUACAUUUUGACUGGUCGGACUUGUCCGUGUCGCUGCUCACCCAGUUCCAGCAGCUCAGAGUCCUUGAGCUCAAAUAUUUCUGGGUCUUUAAAGGAGUGACUCCCUCGACGCUGCAGACCCUAACCAAAUCCCUGCCUAACCUGAAGUCUCUGACUCUACACAUCCUGGUGCCACUAAGGAAUCUGGGCAUCUCCUACACUCUGGAGUCCCAGUCUCUGGAGUUCCUGGACGUGUCGCCCAGCCGAGGCUUAGUCUUCUCCUGCCUGAAGCUGCCGGCCCUGCGCGAGCUUCGAGCCAAGAAGAUCGUCCGCGGGAUCACGCUGGACCGGAGGACCAGGCUGAGGAUUCAGCACCGAUGGCCCUGCCUGUACCACGUCCUCCGUGAGGGCACGCCGAAGCUUCAGGCCCUUAACAAUGAGAGGCUCCUCCCUACAUGGCGAGAGGAGAGCUACGGGGAGCUGUCUGCUAUCCUGGAACAGUCCUGUUACUGUGUUCAGCAUCUGGACAGCUGGCUUUGGUAGUCAGCUGUAAAUGAAGUACAUCCCACAUCUGGUGGUCAGUUGGUAGAUUCCAGAAGAAAGCAGUAUAUUUCCUGUAAACACGCCAUCUCUGGCCUGAUCUAAGUGAACUGAACAUGCACUCAUAGGGACACAUAGUUGCAGAUAAAACUGAGACUUGAAGUCAAAUCAAAUGACUGCAAACUGUUUCCAAAACAGUAAGCUGCUGCUGUUAAUGUGGAGACGCUUUCCUAAAUGUCGACAAGACAAUGAUAAACAGCGUGUCUGUAAUUGUUUUAUUUUGUUGGUCCAAUAUCUCCAAAAAAAACAAAACAAAACUGAUUGUACUGUGUUGUGCUGGCCUAGAUUCAUCGUCCGUGGUCCGUGUUAUGAAAAGAAGACUAAACGACUGAGUGAGUGUAAUGGCUCCUCAAAGCUGUGGAGCAAUGCCUUUUAAACUUUAACUAAACCUGUUCAAAGAGAAACCUAUGACAGCGUACCAGGGCUCACGGUUGAGGGGAAAAACAACAAUCCAGACUAAAGGCAAAAUAUUUGGAGAAAAACAUUUGAAUUAAAGUCAGUAUUGAGAAAAAAAAGUGUAAUUUCAAGAAAACAAGUUAUCUAAAAAGUCCUGUAUCAUUUUCAGAAAUAUGUGUGAUGUAAUGAGAGAAAAGAAAAUGUUAUAAUCUGAUAUAAAAAUCACAGGGACCGAUUAUUUAAAUCUCAAAAUAUCACAUUUUUAUACAAAAUUAUCAACAUUGAGUUUUUUCUUGAAAUAUCCUGAUUUUCUUUCUAGAAAUAUUACAAAUAUAUAUUACAAGUUAAUAUUACAACUUUUCCCAUCCAAAAUAUUCUUUUUUUCCCUUAAAAAAAAUGUAUGUGUAUUCUUAAUAUAUUACACUUAAACCUCAAAAUAUUUUGCCUUUCUUCUGUCUCUGAUUCCCAUGAACAACAUUUUCUCAAUUGUGAAAAACUGACAUGUACUGUAUUGUAUUGAUCACUAUUGUUAUUAUUUUGGUUAUUGAUUGAAUGCAGUUGUAUUUAUCCUCACACAGUCAGAUGUAAAGCUGCAAAGAAACAGAGCCUUUGACUAGAAAACUGCACAAACGGCCGACGAGAUCAGUCGUGAACUGAUAGUACGCGACUGAUCUCGUCGGCCGUUUACACAUUUUAACCACGUAAAUCUCAGUAACAACAGAAGAAAAAAAAAUCAACAAUCUGUGGCAAGUUAAAGCACAACAGUACAGGACCAAAAAGCCUCUCAGAAUUGCUGGGUUCUGACCCUGGGUUUUAAAUGACCUGAAAACACAAGCUGGUUCUGAUUUAAAUACUUGGCACCUUCAGACUGACAGUAUUAAUCUGGUGUAAUCCCAAUCAGGAACCAGGUAUCAUUCCAGUGCUGGACCAGUUUGCACUCGACAUGUUUUUAUUUCCUUGUUGAUGUGUGAUUUUAGAUGAAAUUUUAAUCAUGUAUUUUUAUUUUAAAAGCAGA